UUUUUCCAGAUCGUAGCUCUCUGUGGUUUGGUGGCGGUGUGCCAGGCAGGUCUGCUGCCCGCCCCUGUGCACUACUCCUCCGCCGCCGCUGUCUCCUCGCAGAACAUCGUGCGUCACGACCAGCCUGCCCAGCACGUGGCCGUCGCCGCCCCCGUCGCCUAUCAAGCUGCUCCCGCCGUCGCCUACCAUGCUUCUCCCGCCGUCGCCUACCACGCCGCCCCUGCCGUUUCCUACCAUGCUGCCCCCGUCGUAGCCCGUGCUGAAGAGUUCAACGCUCACCCCAAAUACGAGUACAACUACUCUGUUUCUGACGGUCACACCGGUGACAACAAGUCCCAGCAGGAGGUCCGCGACGGAGAUGUUGUGAAGGGCUCUUACUCCUUCCACGAAGCUGACGGCUCCAUCAGGACCGUGGAGUACUCCGCUGACGACCACCACGGUUUCAACGCUGUGGUGCACAACACCGCCCCUACCGCCGCCCCUGUGCUCGUGAAGGCCGCUCCCGCCUACGUCGCGCCCGCCCCCUACUACCACCAUUAAGAUACCUGACUGAAAAUACGCAUUAAUAUUGUUUUCUACAAAACUAUGUUGAUAGUGUAAAUAAGUUACUAUUUAUUGCAAUAUACGAAUAAG